AUGGGCGACUCAAGCAAACCUAUCCGCUAUGUCGAUAUCGGAAUCAAUCUCAGUGACCCUGUCUUCGUGGGCAAUUACCAUGGCAAGCAAGUCCACGAUAAUGACAUGGAUGACAUUGUUCAGCGGGCCCGAGAUGUGGGCUGCGAGAAAUUCAUGGUGACAGGCUCCGACUUGGAGGAAUCUCGGCGUGCUAUCCAGAUUGCCAAGGACUACCCGGGGUUCUGCUACGCUACGGUUGGGGUUCACCCCUGUCAAGCGAAGCUCUUCGAUGAAUUCCCUGGCGGGCCUUCAAAAAUGCUAGAGGAGCUGAGGGCGCUCGUAUUAGAGGCUAAGGCAUCGGGCCAAGCUGUUGCCUUUGGAGAGUUUGGCCUUGAUUACGAUCGCCUCUUCCUGAGCGCGAAGGAACCCCAGCUGAAAUAUUUCGAAGCCCAAUUGGACUUGGCAGUAGAGGUCCAACUUCCGCUAUUUCUUCAUUCGCGAGCUGCCGGCGAAGAUUUCGAGAGGCUUCUGGCGCCUCGUCUCGAAAAGCUUCCCAAGAAAGGUCUCGUGCACAGUUUUACAGGAACGCUCGACGAGAUGGAACGAAUGGUUGCCCUAGGUCUCGAUGUUGGUGUCAACGGCUGCAGUCUGAAGACAGAAGAGAACCUCGAGGUGGUCAAGGCCCUUCCACUGGAACGGCUUCAGAUUGAGACUGAUGGCCCUUGGUGUGAAAUACGCCCUUCCCAUGCGUCUGCGAAGUAUCUUGAAGGAGCCCCGCCGCUUCCAAAAGCCGUAAAGAAGGAAAAAUGGCAGAAGGGGCUAAUGGUUAAGGGUCGCAACGAGCCUGCAGCGAUUGCUCACGUUGCUCAUGUCAUCGCCAAAGUGAAAGGCAUCACCGUGGAGGAAGUUUGCGAAGCGUGA